GCAACCACAAAGACCGACACAAUCUGGUCCUUUUCCUCCCAUUUCACCAUCCUGUCUUCCAGCGAUAGCUCCAUCGAUCCUGAAUCCGAGAGAUGAUCCUCGUUGGAAUGCAGGGCUUCAUCCUCGCCCGUCGGGUCGCUGGAGGUCGCGGGUGGGGCGCUGCAGCCGUCUGCGUUGGAUACAGACCUGCUGUGAGUGGGACCCCCUGGACCGCUGCUCCACCCAAGCCCCGGUGCGGAGCAUCCUGAUGGGGCACGGCUGUUGGAGGGGCUCGCCAGUCGCUCCUUGGUGUGUACCGACGCCGGUGCCGCUCCGCUGGGCUUCUCCGCGGACGGAACCUCCUCCCAGUCCAGCAGAGGGGCUCGGUCCGACCGCUCCACCAUCCUGUCGGCGGUCCCGCCUCGUCAGCCUCACAGAUUGUAAAUGAUGUAUCAGCCAACGGGCACCAGGUCCAUAUGCUGAUAAUUAUAGCUUAAAGCAAUUUCCGCAUUAUAAAGUUAUUCUUUACUGCUCAGAACGGUUGCAUUUUGCAUCAAAUUAAUGUUGCGCGUAGCAGCGUUCACAUCUGUCGUUUAUAAUCUUUCUUGUCUGAGGUGGUCAUAAAUGUGAUGCUGUUUGGAGAGGGCAACUCCUUCGUCUGAUGUGAGUUGCAUUCAAAACAAUUCACCCGUUACUGUCACCUUCCCUUUAACAGAGAAUAGCUAUUGAACAUUUGGGAACAGCAUACCGUUUUGGCUUCUUGAACGUACCCUGUACCACAGCGUCGAGGCGAGAGUUGGCGACAUAGUUCAGCGACACGUCAACCACACGGAAGAAGGUGCCUCUCCAACCUGCCACAGAACUGCUGAUUGAAGGACCGUAGUCUUAUCGAAAUGGGUGGUUUCUUCUCUAGUCUCUUCUCGGGCCUGUUUGGCACCAGGGAGAUGAGGAUCCUGAUCCUGGGUUUGGAUGGAGCAGGAAAAACGACCAUUCUGUACCGGCUGCAGGUUGGAGAAGUGGUCACCACAAUCCCCACAAUCGGCUUCAAUGUUGAGACGGUCACAUACAAAAAUCUGAAGUUCCAGGUCUGGGAUCUGGGCGGACAGACGAGUAUCAGGCCUUACUGGCGAUGUUAUUACUCGAACACCGAUGCAGUCAUCUACGUCGUGGACAGCAGCGACCGCGACAGGAUGGGCAUCUCAAAGUCUGAGUUGGUGGCCAUGUUGGAGGAGGAAGAGCUGAAGAAAGCCAUCCUGGUGGUAUUUGCAAAUAAACAGGAUAUGGACCAGGCCAUGACGCCCGCUGAGGUGGCCAACUCGUUGGGCCUUCCCGCCCUCAAAGACAGGAAAUGGCAGAUCUUCAAGACCUCGGCCACAAAGGGCACAGGUCUUGAUCAGGCAAUGGAAUGGCUGGUGGAAUCCCUGAAGAGCCGGCAGUAAAGGCUCCCACCCUUUCUGUACAUACUCCUGACCUCUGACCCUUCGGUAUGACUGACCUUUCCCUGAAUCCCACUUUCCUUUGGACCUCCCCGAUUGCACUCCUCCCCACCUCCAACCCGCCUGAAGCCUUGGCCAAGCCCUUCCAAUUCCUAACGCCAACGCCUUUCAAGUCUGGGACUUACAAGUGAGGGCUGCAGUAACGUCUGGACUGGGCACACACACUCCCAAUGCUGGUGGCACGAUGAGGGUUUAAAAGAGCUGUAUCGCUUGAGUGAUGAACAAGUUAGUAUCUACAUUUUUGUAUGUUUUGGAAAUGCAAAGAAAAUCCUCAACGUGUUAAAUGUUACUAAUUGUAUGAAGUGUCAACACUGAAAUACACUACCAUGGAUGACGAGGAGUCUGUAAAUACGGCUCCUUGGAAAGCCCGUCCAGUCCGAUCCUCUGUAGCGAUCUUGAAGCCAGAAGAUGAUCCGUAGUCGAUGGGUACCCAUGUGAGCAAGGUGCAAUGACGAUCCACCGGGAGGCACAGACGGCACCAGAGGUUCCACAGUACAAAUGUCAGUCCUGCUCCUGAACUACCAGAGAUGAAGACGCGUCAUCACUGAGAAGCAACUGCUCGAUUGCCAACUCAUUGGACCAUUUUUGAUCUUAUGCUGGACUUGCCAUACCUCUGUGUACAAUCGGCCAGCUUGUAGAAAAUGUUCCAUUUAUUUUUGGAAAUUGAAAAUUUGGCCUCAAUCAGUGGAAAAAAAGAAGUACGACACAUCCACUAGGUGUCCUCCGGCCAAGUGUUACUGCAGCCUGGGCUGUUUUUGUACUAUAUAGUCAGGCAGAUACAUGGAUUUCUAUGGUUUUUCUUCCUCCUGUUCAUUUGUGUUCUCUUUUUAAAAGAUAAUUUAGUAGGUAAAGCCUUUUCUCUUUGAAAUUCUUGAAUGCAUCUUUGGCACAUUAGUCAUUUAGUUACUGAACACUAACUGUCUGCUCAAAGUUUUAUGGUUGCAUAUUUAUAUCUGCUUGUACAGUGAAAAUGAUUCUCAGUAAAGAUUGCUAUCGGUGAUUGUA